UCCCCCUAGGUCAUGUGCCAGUUAAAUGUUCUCCUUCCAGGGGAGGCUUCUCAUUAUCUUUUCUUUUUAUCUGUGGAGCUGCAAGCAAUGGCUUUGUCCUGGCUGCCCCUGUGCCUGGUUCUGCUGACCCUCCUGGGGGGGACUCAAGGGGCGUGGAAUAUACGACAGAUCAGAAACAAACUGCACCGGCAGCAGCAGGCAGAAUCCUUCAAAUCUUUUUACACUCGCUUUGGGCUCCCAAGGGGGGCACUUUCCUACACCACUGCACUGGAGGGUUACCUCACCCAGCCACUGGACCAUUUCAACCGACGCAGUAAUGCCACCUACAGGCAGCGGUACUGGAUAAACGAGGAGUUCUGGCAGCGGCCGGGCGGUCCGGUUUUUCUCUUUAUUGGAGGUGAAGGUUCCCUGUCUGAAUUCUCCGUACUGUCAGGGGAACAUGUGGAGAUGGCACAGAAACACCAGGCACUCUUAGUAUCUCUGGAGCAUCGUUAUUAUGGAGCUAGCAUUAACGAGGACGGCCUUACUCUGGAGGCAAUACGUUUCCUGUCUAGCCAGCAAGCUCUUGCAGAUCUUGCCUCCUUCCACCUGUUCAUCUCCCAGAAAUAUAAUCUCACCCGUAAUACAUGGAUCUGCUUUGGAGGGUCUUAUCCCGGCUCCCUCUCUGCCUGGUUCAGACUUAAGUUUCCCCAUCUGGUGUACGCCGCUGUGGCCUCUUCUGCUCCGGUUAGAGCUAAGCUUGACUUCACAGACUACAAUAAGGUGGUGGGUCAUAGUCUAUCGGACCCUGUGAUUGGUGGAUCUGCAAAGUGCCUGGAUUUGGUCAGACGAGGUUUCCAAAGAGUAGAUUCUCUCCUCAAGUCGAGAAAUGUCACCCAGUUGGAGAAGGAUUUCUUUUCAUGUGAAGCGCUGCGCGGCCCAGAUGACUUCUCAGAAUUUGUUAGUAACCUGGCCGACAUCUUCAUGGGCGCAGUGCAAUAUAAUGGGGAAAUUAAAGGCAAUGACGUGCGGGGAUUGUGUCAGAUUAUGACCACGGAAGGCAUGAAAUCUGCCUACGAGGGAUUGAAAAAAGUCAACAAGGCAUACAUGGAGUCCACGGCCCUCAAGUGCGUGGAAAAUUCUUACCAGAAAUCUGUGGAAGAUCUGAACAGCACCAAAAUCAACCCAGUGGGAGUCGGAGAACGCCAGUGGUAUUACCAGACCUGCACAGAGUUUGGAUACUAUCAGACGUGUGAAGACAGCUCUUGUCCGUUCUCCCCACUCAUCACCCUCUCCUCGCAACUGGCUCUCUGCCCUCGCGUAUUCCAGAUCCCACUGGAGUCUGUACAGAAAUCUGUCCAAUUCACCAAUGAGUUCUAUGGAUCAAAUCAUCCCAAAUCCAGCAGAAUAAUCUUUGUUAAUGGGGAUAUAGAUCCAUGGCAUGCACUCAGUGUGUUGAAGAAUCAGUCUCACUCAGAGGUCGCCAUCUUCAUCAAUGGGACUGCGCACUGUGCGAACAUGAGCCCUUCACGUCCCAAUGAUCCUCCUUCUCUGCAGAAAGCAAGAGAGGAAAUUGCAGUUCAAGUCGCUAACUGGUUAAAAUCUGCUCGGCGAGAUUUGGAAAGUGCUGGACCCUAAAUGUGCACUUAACGAGGCUGCACAGCCUACAAACCAAAUGUGCCAGAUUUACACUGGAAGCCUUUUUAAAAUCUUUUAAUGUGGUUGUAACCCAUUGCUGCUAGGAAAUUUUAUGUCUAUGCAAUAAUGUUUAUAUUUUACCAAAAGUGUGAUUUACAUAUAGGGGGGAACUACUGUGAAAGCAGAGUAUUGAACAGUGAAAAUGGGAACUCCCAGCAUGUUCAACCCUUUGCUGUUCAGGCCAGCACAAUCAUACUUAAGUGGAAGGGUGUGCAGAGCGCAGUAACUUUUGUCUUCACUCCGGAACCAACACCACUGUCAAGGAUGAUACAAGACGUUUGCAGUUUAUAAACGUCUGCUUUAAAAAUAAUUUAUUUGCAGUGAUUCGAUUGUCAUUAUAAUGACUUUAUAAUGUUAUUUAACUAUUCUGAUACUUAAAGAUCCACUCCUGCACUGGCAGUCCCUCCCUAAUGUCAGUAGUCAAACCAUUUAGUAAUGCUUUUUACUUGAUCCUGGGGACUGCUGGACGCUGCUCUCCCGCUUCCUUAAUGUCAGAAAGAGAUCUGGAAGAUAAGCUGCGCAGUGGAGGACAAGCUCAUUGGCCUAGAGCGGUAGUUGAUCAAUCUCAGCCAAUGAACAAAGCCUGGUGGAUCAAUGAAGAUUCUUCUGGCAGAAAUGAGGUGUGGAGCUGUGCCCAGUGAGCCCCAGAAAACCGUAACCAACAUUACAAUGGAGGGUGCCAGGGCACACUGGAGUAGUUACGGUACUUGGGAUAUUUUUUUUAAAAAAACAA